UGUGAAAUUCGCCACAGCCGCAAAACUCGCGAUUCUGACUGUCAUCGGGCCAGUAGUAAUACAACAACAACAACAACAACAACAAUAAUAACAACAGUAGCAGACAGCGGAUGCAGCAGCUGCUGUAGAGCAACGUUAACCCCAUAAAAACGACAUUAAAGCAAACAAACAAACAAAUACUAUAUAAUACGUAUUGGGAAAGCUGUUAAAAACCCCUUCAAUCCAACAUGUUGGCCUUUCACAACGAGCACAUUGCCAGUUGCGCCUUCCUCACUUACUUCAGUCCGGACAGCUCGACAACAGCUGCGAAUUCACCCACGUCUGGAGCUCAGGCAACGCUUUACAAUGACAAACAGUCUUUAACAGGGGUAAGUUGCCAUCAUCCAUUAAUACCACCAGCCAUCAAAUUAAUGAACCGUGCUUUACAGCUGAAGCCAGCUGAAAAUGAAAGUCGCAGCGGUAAGUGCACAAGGCUUCAUCCUUACAACAAGACACGUGCUCUACGUGGCGGCUGCGCUUUCGUUAAAUUUGGUUCCCAACAGGAGGCUCAAUCAGCAAUAACCAAUUUACACGGAAGUCAAACAAUGCCGGGUGCAUCUUCCAGCCUGGUUGUCAAAUACGCCGACACGGAGAAGGAGCGACAAAUAAGGCGCAUGCAACAAAUGGCCGGUCAUAUGAACCUAUUGAAUCCGUUUGUCUUUAAUCAAUUUGGACCAUACGGCGCCUACGCGCAGCAACAACAGCAAGCGGCUCUGAUGGCUGCCGCAGCAACGGCACCAGGCUCUGCAGCUGCCUAUAUGAAUCCAAUGGCUGCUUUGGCAACGCAAAUACCUCAUGGCCUCAAUGGCACCGGUCAGCCACCGUCGCUGCCAUCGCCAACGAUGCCCAACUUCAAUAUGGGCGCCAAUACGCCCAAUGGCCAGCCGGGUGGCGCUGCAGCUGCCGCUGCUGCUGCUUCAGUGGCGGAUGGUGUCUUCACGAACGGCAUUCCACAAACGGCAUUCCCACAUCCGCUGCAUCUGACCAUACCACCACAAGGUUUGCCAAAUGGCGAUGCUGCUGCACUGCAACAUGCCUUCCCUGGUUUGCCACCAUUUCCAGGAGUUGCCUUUCCCGCCGUCUAUGGACAGUUUCCACAAGCUUUACCACCUCCCCUAGCGGCGGUUGCACCCACUCAGCGUGAAGAUUUUCUGAUGUUCCCAGGAUGCUCUAUAUCUGGCCCGGAGGGCUGCAAUCUGUUCAUCUAUCAUUUGCCGCAAGAAUUUGGUGAUGCAGAAUUAAUGCAAAUGUUCCUGCCAUUUGGCAAUGUGAUCAGCUCUAAGGUCUUCAUCGAUCGUGCUACAAAUCAGAGCAAAUGUUUUGGUUUUGUUUCAUUUGAUAACCCCACCAGCGCUCAAGCGGCCAUUCAGGCUAUGAAUGGCUUCCAGAUUGGCAUGAAAAGACUGAAAGUUCAAUUGAAGCGGCCAAAGGAUGCCAGUCGACCUUAUUAACAAUCGGAGUUCCUUAAUCGCAACUUACAUCACCAGCAACAACAACAACAACCACAAAUGCAAAAACCACAUAACGCGACAACAUGUAGAACAACUACAACAGCAGCUAGAUCAACAGCAACAGCUGCAGCAGCAGCAACAACUACAACUACAAUAACAAAUAGCCCUAACAACAGUUUUAGGUCACAAUUAACCAAUGAUCAUAAUACAAAUCGUAAUACAAUGCCCUACACCUUUGCCAGCUGGCGCAGCGGUACCUAUUGUUAUCGCAAUAGCAGCAAUAAUACUAACAACAGCAGCAACAACAAUAACAAUAGCAACAGCAACAACAACAAUAGCAACAACAAUGGCAGCAGCAGCGAGAACACUUCGACCUCUAGUGAAACUAAUAACUAUUCCAAAGUUGAACUGGUCGAAAAACUGUUCAUGUGGCAACAACAAAAGCGAAAAUCUUAGAAGCUAACUAAGAUGGACUUCAGCGAGGAAUUUCGACAUGCUUAGUGGAUCUAAGCUCCAGCAUAGAAAUACUAAAAAGAUAUACAAACAUGCAUAUGAAAAAUAAAAAAAUAAAAAAAAAAUACUAAAAAAUAGUA